CGCUGCAUCCGCGGGUCGUCUUUGGGGAGCCAUCGAGUGUCAUUUAUUGGAUGCAAAAAGUGUGACAGGAAUGUAGCAUUAGCCGCAUGCUCGCCAGCUCUUUUUGAGACACUGCACGCUAUCAUGAUUUCGUGAUAUCAUGAAUGUUAUUGUAAUAGCGUAGUUAUUGACAAGCCGACCGUGUGCAAUGUGGGGCGGCAGUUAUUGGUAAACAGCAAACCUAGUGGAGACCAAGAUGCUGCAAGCCUCCGGUAUCUUAGGGCAUGAGAGGCCCCUGGUCAUCAGGGUAUCAUUCAGCACCUUUGUUGUGUGUACUGUGUGCCUACCACUACUUGGACUAAUAACCUGCGUCUUCAUAUCCUCUGUUUUUCAUUCUGAGGACUCUACUGGUACACAUUGCCGGGUCCCUAAUUACCUGCCAUCCAUCAGUGCCUCAAUAAGCCUGAGCCCUGAGUGCCACAUAUGGCGGUUCUGUAUCGGACUGCACUCGGCUCCGAGGCUCCUGGUGGCGUUUACCUACUUCAAAUUUUACAAAACACGUUUUACCUUGAAGUUUCCGGAGAGUUUACUCAGUUGCUUCAGCCUGGCCUUUUCUGUUUGUGAAAACCUCGGCCUCUUGCUCCUCACAUACGUGUCAUCAAGUGAGACAUACUUUGUACAUAAGGAAGGCUUUGUGCUCUUCCUUGUCAGUUCCCUUAUCUACAUGCUGAUAACCUGCCGUUUAUGGAAGACUAUUAAGAAGUAUUCAUUAUGUCCUGAGGAUGCCAAGUCUUACUGUUGGAAAGUACGCUUCUUACUUCUUAACGUAUCCUUCUGCGCUUUCGCCGGAUUCUUUUACUGGAAACACAACGUGUACUGCGAAUCGGGAAGUUACACUUUAUUUGCCCUGUUUGAGUAUCUUGUGGUCUUCUCCAAUAUGGCCUUCCAUCUCACAGCAGUGUGGGACUUUAAGAGCCGGGAGGUCAUGGUCAUUUCGACCUCUGAAGAUAAAGACUUCUGACUAGAAACUCAAGGACUAAGUGCUGAAUAUACAACCACACAAUCACCUGAUGUUAACAGUGUUGAUACUACACAAGAGGAAAAGAGGGAUGAAAGCCUUUUCCACAUAUUUUCAUGAUGAUGGCUCUUAAGUCCUUAAAAGGUGUCGAUGCCAGACAAGCACAUGUGCUCCUGUAUGGAUAAUUCAGUGAGCUGUAAGUGCAUUGUUUUAGCCUCAGUGUCUCAUUCACAGAUACCUUCACCUAUACACACAGUCCUACAUUGUAUCUAAUGUUACAUUUCAACUUUUGUACG